AUGUCUGCCGUUGACAAUACCGAUCCCAAGGUCGAGGAGACCAAGCCCGCCGAGACGACCGAGGGCACCCCUGCUCCCGCUGCUGAAGAGGAGAAGAAGCCCGUGACUUCGUCGGCCGUCUUCUCCAUGUUUGGAGGCGGUGCUAAGAAGAAGAAGGACGACGAGGAUCGUGGUGAUACCUCGGGGAGCGCCAAGGCUCAGCGAGACGCUGCCAAGGCUGAAGCCGGCGAGGACGAAGCCCCUGAGAGCGAGGAUGUUCACUUCGAGCCCGUCAUCCGGUUGACCGAAAAGGUCGAGACCAAGACCAACGAGGAGUCGGAAGAGCAGCUGUUCAAGAUGCGUGCCAAGCUGUUCAAGUUCUCCAAGGAAAACUCGGAGUGGAAAGAGCGUGGAACCGGUGACGUUCGUCUCCUGAAACACAAGGAAAACGGCAAGUCCAGACUGGUCAUGCGACGCGACAAGACCCUCAAGGUCUGCGCCAACCACUACAUUGUUCCCGAGAUGAAGCUGUCGCCAAAUGUUGGAUCCGACCGAAGCUGGGUCUGGAAUGUUGCCGCCGACGUGAGCGAGGGCGAGCCCGAGGCUGUCACGCUGGCCAUCCGAUUUGCCAACUCUGAGAACGCCAAUCUUUUCAAGGACGCCUUCCUGAAGGCGCAGAAGGAGAAUGAAGAAAUCUUCAACAAGGCCAACAAGGCCAACGAGGCCACCGAGGCCACCGAGGCCAAAGAGGCCAGCAAGCCUGAAUAA